UGUAUGCCAUACAGACCUUUAUAUAAACGUCCAUAGUAGAUACCAUUAUUGCAUUGAUGUUAACGGAUUGAAAAUAUAACAAAUCAUGCUGUUUAACUUAAGAUUAAUAGGUUUGGCGCUAUUGCACUAUAUGCUUUUACUGGAAAUUGCUGCAGAUAAACUUGAAUGGGAACCUCCUCGUAAAUACACAAGACAAGAUAGAAUACCUAUGUUAUAUGUAAGAGGAAGUCAUUUUGAUGUUGGUCGUAACACAGGAACGGUGUUUGCUUCGAUGAUACAAGAAUUUGUAGCAACUUACACGCCUUUACAGGGUUAUUUGGACGCGUACAAUACACCCGAAGGAAAGCGCAUUUAUGACGAUGCUUUAACAAUCACAUUGAAAGUCUAUCCUCAGUAUGUGAGAGAACUUGAGGGCAUUGCGAUGGGCGCUAACGUUUCGUUUAAUACGCUAUUCCUCAUUCACUUGGACGACACAUUGACGCAAAACAUACCGAAAUAUUACCCUGAUAAAGGACCAGUCGGAUGCACAUCAAUAUUAGUAAACCAACGCCCUUUUCAGUGUCUGGCUCACACCGAAGACGCGUUAAUAGAAACGGUCGACCAUUUCUAUGUGAUAUCAGCUCAUGUGAUACCCGCUGAAGACGAAAAAGGCGGGUUGUUCGAAGCGAGGGAAGAGAUAUAUGAAGCCGUCGUUUAUGCAGGUCAACUACCCGGAUACGCCAGCGCUCACACCUACUGCGAAGUGGUGUAUUCGAUCAACACGAUUUUCAAUAGCAAGAACCUCGUAAACAGAAUACCUCGCGUUUUUAUCACGAGAGCUUUACUUUCGAACAGAGGUGACUUCGACGACAUUAAACGGAUUCUAGAGUGUGAAGGAGGCGGUACAGCCGAUGGGUUCAACGUGAACUUGGCUUUCAUCAAUCCGUCGGUGACGGGCGGCGUGAGAGUAUUCUUCCAUAUAGAAGUCACUCCAAACCCGUACGAACAGAAAUCAAACGUAAGUAUUCAUCCUUUCUUUCCGGGAGAGAACGGACUUCACAUCAACAAACUUCUGUACUCGGAUUACCCGGAGCUGCAAGAGAGCGGUGUAAAAAGCUCGAUAAUAAAGACCCGUCGGUAUCACAAACUCACUAAACACAAUCCGAUCAAGAAUCUGGCAGACGUGAUCAGAGUCAUCGGUGACAGAGAUUAUAGCGAAGGAAGCCCGAUAUUUAGGGACAGCCCAAAAGAUUUUGUCAACUCCAUUAUGUUGGGUAUAUUCGACUUCAUCACGCUAUCAUGGAUCAUAUGGUCAAACGAUCCUCAGACUAACAAUCCCAUUCUGCAGUUACCGUUAAACUUUACAGAUCUGAUCAACCCACCGCUAACACAACUUUGUACAAAUCCCCUCAAGCCUUGGUGGCCAAGUGAUUUUUUUUGAAUAACCAUAUUUAUAUUUGAUUUGCUUGUAUCUUUUAGUUUAUUAUCAUCUAAUACCGGUUGAAAAUGUUUAGUUAUUUCUACUUAUACUACAGUUAUCAUAUUAUUUUAAAUUGUUUUUGUUAAAGAAAUAAUAUAAUAUUUUUUGGUCAUUUCUAAGGGUUUUCCUUUUUUUAAGUUAGUUUUUUACUUGAGGAUAGUCUUAAUAACAAUGUUUAAAAUUAUAAUUUUGAUAUUAAGCUACCUAUGUAAUGUCCAAUCUAUAUGGACAAUAAUAGAUAAAUGCUUAACUGUACUCAUAUCAGUUAUUUUUAAUGGUGGAUAUAAGUAUAAUAUUCUCUAUGCUAAAACGAAAAAUAUUGUUAUGGAUAAAAGCUUAAACCCACAUUAAAUUACUGCAAACAAUAUUACUAGUUCGAAGAAUUUUAACUGUCCUAGCUAAAUGAAAAACGAAAUUUCGACGAA